GCUGACUGCACUUCAGGUGCCUAUAGCGACUUUCACUGUGUUCGUCAUGGAAGACGAUUCAAGGAGAAAAGCAAAGAAAAACAAGAAGGAUAAGAAAAAGAAGGACAAGAAGAGCAAGAAAAGCAGAGAGCAUAGUCACGAAAACACUUCCUUGACUGAUCAAAAUCCAAUUGCUGAUGAGCCAAUAAAGCAUGCGACCAUUGCGAGAGGGCAUAGCUCAACGGAAGUGUCGCGAGAUUCUGGGAGUUCAAAACCUGAUCACUGGCACCCCGCGCUUAGUAAAUCAAAGCAUAAGAAAAUGAAAAAUUUAGUGCCAAAGAAUGAUCAGAUACAGAUGAGUGAUAGUGAAGUAGGAGAAAAAGAAUCCCAUGAAAAGUCAAGCACAAUUGUCGAUUCUGGAAAGCAGGAGAAUUCUCGAGUAUCGCAAGAUGAUGAUUUAAACAUUCAAUCUGCUUCAGCGACCGAAGAAGGACAAAAAUCCCUCAAGGACAAAUCGAAAAAGAAGAAAGAUAAAUCAAAACAAAAGAGCAACAAGAGGAAAAAGGAUUCAGAUGACGAGAACGGCGAUAAAGAAGCUCGAAAAAGAAAACGAAAGGACGACGAAGCCAAAGAGUCCAAACGGCGAAAAGAGACGCCUACGCGAUCCGAACCCGCAGAAAAAGCAGAUGUUGCAAAUAACGAAGCAGCUGGAAUUCUUUCUAGCGCAUCAAAAGUCAUCGACGAAGAGGUUCCUAAUGUUAAAUUAUCGUCAACGCCGCCACUGGAUACGGUAAAUCAGAAGGCGCCAAGGAGAGGAAGAAGAAAGGAAAAAGUCGUAGCUAUCGGUGAACAAACAUCGCAUUUAUAUCCACAUCGCGUCAAAGUGUACCCUGAAAAUACAGAUCCUCGGAAAAUCUACAAGUCGCGUGCUAUUGGCGUUCCAAGACGUCCAGACUUUUCCGUUUCAGACUCUGAUUCGGAUAGCGAUUCUGAUAAUGAAGGAACCGGUCCUCUUAACGAAUUACACACCAAAAUGGUCCAAUAUAAAGCGAACGAUGUCAAGAAAUUUGAAAGCGAAGGGCUGCCUGUCAAGACUGGAAAAUGGGAUGUUUUGGAGAACAGAAUUUUAGAAAAGAGGCUGAAGAAGAUUGCAAGGCGGCGGAAAAUGUCGUUUGAAGACGUGCAAAAUUCCUUCUUUUCUGAGCCUUUUGCCAAAGACAGAGAAUUUUGGUGGAGUUUAGCUAGGGCUUUUCCACAAAGAACUAUGCACAACAUUUUCUUACACACGAAACGGAUAUUUGAUGAAAACAAUUAUCAGGGCCAAUGGGACGAAGACAGUGAUGCAAAACUUAUGGCGAUGGUCACGGAGCAUGGUCCAGCAUGGGCUAAAAUCAGCCAGGCUUUAAGCCGAACAGCAAACGCUUGCCUUGGCCGAUAUCGUUUGAUUGGCAAUAGGGAAAAAGGAAAGCAAAACUUGGGGCCAUGGUCUGCAGAUGAAGAAAACAUGCUCAUUCAAGCUGUGAAGAAGUAUAAAUCGGAGAUGAAUAUCACGAACGACAAGGAUAUAUCUUGGACAUAUGUAUCUACUGUAUUUAAGGGAUCUAGGAAUCCUCUGCAAUUACGGUAUAAAUGGCAUAUUAUUAGCCCGUAUGUUAAGGAAGAAACGGUUCAAAAGCCGACGUUUGAUCAAGAUAACUGGCAGAAUAUGAAACAGGAACUCGUGAGAAAAUUACAAGCUGGAAGUUGGGAGCACGAAUCCCAGGUACCAUGGGCUACUUUCCGAGAUAAAAGUUUUACGCUUGACAGUGAGGCUAGUCGAAAAUUGUAUUAUAGAAUGCGAAAUAGAAUCACUGGUUUUGAGUCUAUGAGCCUGAAAGAUAUCUUUACAAAACUGCGCGAACAACUAGAUAGCGAUGUUGUCGACGAUUCUGAUCUAUCGUCUUCAUAGCCAUAGUGUAGAUAAAUGAUAAUGUAUGAUGGUUGAUGUUAUUUCGAAUAAAGUAUACAUGCUAAGUAAUCGGUUUUAAAUAUGCAAAUGUUU